AUGAAUAUGUUUCUCCAACUUAAUUUUGAUUUGUACAUCUUUUUGCUAUUGGUUUUUUCAAUCUUCAGGAAUAAAGUGAGCAUCAUCGAAGCCGGUGCUUUAGAACCAAUCAUCAACUUCUUGCAAUCUAAUAGCACAACACUUCAAGAAUACGCCUCUGCGUCUUUGCUCACUCUCUCCGCCUCCGCUACCAACAAACCCAUCAUUGGAGCUAAUGGAGUGAUUCCUCUAUUAGUCAAAGUCGUUAAACAUGGAAGCCCACAAGCUAAAGUUGAUGCAGUCAUGGCACUUUCCAACCUCUCUACGCUCUCCGCUAACCUGAGCAUGAUCCUAGCGACCAAUCCACUCUUGCCGAUACUGAGUCUUCUCAAAUCGAGCAAAAAAUCAUCGAAAACAUCUGAGAAAUGCUGUUCCCUGAUAGAGUCCUUGAUGGUAUCUGGCGAGGAGGCGAGAACGGGUUUAGUUUCAGAUGAAGGAGGUGUGUUUGCGGUGGUGGAGGUUCUUGAAAACGGGUCACUACAAGCUCGGGAACACGCGGUUGGCGUGCUCUUAACACUGUGCCAGAGCGAUAGAAGUAAAUACAGAGAGCCAAUUCUCAGAGAAGGUGUAAUACCGGGACUGCUUGAGCUCACGGUUCAAGGCACAUCAAAGUCUCGCACUAAAGCACAGAGACUCCUCUCUUUACUAAGGAACUCGAGAAGCCCGAGACCAGAGGUUCAACCCGAUACUAUAGAGAACAUAGUGUCGAGCUUGAUCUCUCACAUAGACGGAGAUGAUCAGUCCGGUAAGGCGAAGAAGAUGCUAGCUGAAAUGGUGCAAGUUAGCAUGGAAAAGAGCUUGAGACAUCUACAGGAACGUGCUUCCACUCUUGUCCGUCCCUAAAACCUGCGAGGUCUCUUGCAAGUAAAAAAAAAACAGAUUCUGCAUAAAGGGUGAUGAAGAUUGAUGGAUAUAUCAUACGUGUGCCAGUCCAGUGCCGGCCUUCUGGUUCUCAGUGACUGGUUUCUUUUAUUAAGGUUCUUGCGAGCUAAAAAGGUCUUUGGUGUGUACAUAUACAUUUCUAUAGAAACGUUUUUUUCUUUUAAAUAAAAGUUUCAAUCAUGUUGUUGUGGCAUUGGAGUU